CUCCCACUAUCUCCUCACUCCUCUGCCGUCUCCCCCUUCUUUUUACAAGGGAGAACAUAACAUACUCUUCAGAAAUAGUAUCUGUCAUGUCGUCCUCAAUUCUUGGUACUCGCGAAUUGCCUUUGUCCCAGUACGAUCUUUCAACGUACUGGGGCAGAGUCAGGCACUCUGCAGAUAUCGCAGAUCCUCGCACCCUGUUUACCUCCCAAAAAUCCCUCGAUGCUCACACGGCCCUCCUGGCGAAAUACAAGCGCGGUGAGAUCCCCCCACAAAUGACCCCCGAACUCUGGCACGCAAAGAAAGUGGUCGACGCAACCUUGCACCCAGACACCGGAGCGCCCGUCUUCCUUCCCUUCCGCAUGUCCUGCUUCGUCUUCUCGAAUCUGGUCGUCACAGCGGGGAUGCUCGCGCCAAACCUGACCACCCGCGGAGUCCUAGGCUGGCAGAUCGCCAACCAGACCCUCAACGUUCUCAUCAACACCUCCAACGCGAACAAAUCCUCGCCACUGAGCAACGGCCAGCUCGCGGCCAGCUUCCUCCUCGCCGUGAGUGCUUCCUGUGGCGUUGCUGUGGGACUGGGAAGGGUGGUGCAGAAGGUGAAGUUUAGGCCCAAUGUCAAAACGAUCCUCGGCAGGCUCGUCCCUUUCGCGGCCGUCGCCACGGCAGGCGUGAUGAACGUGUGCUUGAUGCGUGGCGGCGAGAUCGAGAAGGGGAUCGACAUCUACCCCGCCAGCGACGGGGGCGAGAAGAAGGAAAGUUUGGGGAAAAGCCGGAAGGCUGCGAUAUUCGCUGUCGGUGAGACGGCGGUUAGCAGGGUUUUCAAUGCUACGCCCAUCAUGGUCAUCCCCCCACUGCUACUGUUGAUUAUGCCUAUCAAUUGUGGGCUCAUCUUCGCUACCUCCAUCUUUGCCUUACCCCUGGCUCUAGGAGCCUUCCCGCAGCGACAGGCUGUAAAGGCGGAAUCUCUGGAACCCUACUUUUGGGGAAAAGGCGGGAGGGAGGACUUGGUGGAGUUUAACAGGGGGAUGUAAAAUCUCUCUUUUCUUCUUUUCCCCUUUUUCCUUCCUUCUCCUUUCUUCUCCCCCCCUUCUAUUAGAUAAAGUUUUUGCUGUAAGCGUAGGGCACGCUAUCUAGAAAUACAAUAUCCAAGGCUAUUCCAUGCG